AUGGGGCAUAUGACACUAGAAGUGGAGCUCAUCUCAGCCAAAGACCUCAAAGAUGUCAACUUCUUUACCAAGAUGUCCGUAUACGCCGUCGUCUCCGUCCUCGACGGCGACUCCCAAGAACAGCAGAAAACCAAAUCCUUCGUAUCCCAAAACUGCGGCACUCAUCCCACCUGGAAUAACUUUCACAUGGACUUCACCGUUGACGAGUGUCUUGCCCAGCAGAGCCGCCUCGCCCUCGUCUUCAAGCUCAUCUGCAAGCGCCGCCUCGGCGACAAGUACAUUGGCCAAGUGGUUGCUCCCAUUAAAGAGCUCUUUGACACCAUGGCCAACCCCAACUCCACCAUGACGUUCGUGGCUUACCAUGUUAUUACAAACCCCUCAAGUAACCCCAAAGGUGAACUCCGCUUCUCUUACAAGUUCUGCGAUAAAGUGGCGGUUUCACCGGCGGAACCGCCGUUUGCUUGGCCGCAAUUCCAACAUGAACAUACCGCACGGGGGCCACCGUAUGUUCCAAGGCAACCUCAAUAUGAGGAUACUGCACUGGCACCGCCUUAUGUUCUGCCUCAAACCCAAUAUGAGUAUACUGCAACGGCACCGCCAUUUCCUCCCCCACAACCCCGAUAUAAGUAUACUCCAUCUGCACCGCCACUAUUCGUAUACACGUCCCCGGCACCCCGAUAUCAGUACACUGCAUCAGCACCGCCACUGUAUGGAUAA